AUGAAAAGAGAGUUGGAGUGGAUUCUAUUCGACUUUAUCAGUUGGAUCGACUCUUGGAUUAGAAUCCGGAAUUCGACGUCUUGUAAAAAGUUCCUCUUUCAGUCGAAUGUGCAGGCAUUGAACAGUUCAGCUACUGAUUUAUGCAUUGAUCCAAAAGAUUAUAGAACUGUAAAACAUUUUGAGAUAAAUAAUCCAAAUAAUAAUGAAGAACUGGAGGAUAAUUAUAAAGAACAACAUUGGAGGAAAACCAUAACAAAUUCUACUUGUAAUGAAAUCAAUUUUGGAAACACAAUUUGUGAUAUCUCUUAUGAGAACGACAUGAGGAAGAACGGAUAUUACGUCUUCUUCAUAACAAAAAGAGAAGCUCAAAAAGAGCAAAAUGACAAAAUAACCGUUACAAACGAUGGAGCAACUAUCUUGAAUGAGAUGGAUAUGACCAACAAUCCAAUUAGUGCUUUGAUAGUUCAACUGAGUCAAUCCCAGGAUGAUUCAAUAGGCGAUGGUACCACAAGCAUUGUAAUCCUGGCAUCAGCAAUACUUCAAUCUGCUAAGGUUCUUAUCGAAAAGGGAAUGCACCCUAUAAAAAUUUCCGAAGGAUUUGAUGUUGCUUUAAAGUUGGUUGUAUCAGAGAUGGAGCGGAUUAGUGAAAAUGUUUCAGAAGAUUCCUCCAAUAUCAAGAAAUUAGAUUUAGUUGGAAGCGUCAGUAAAAGCAUCCUCUUAAACGCAGCAAGAACAAGUUUGGGAUCUAAGAUAGUUUCUAUUGCUGAUUUGAGUCAGAUAUGUGUCGAUGCAAUAUGUGCAGUAGCAGACUUGGAAAGGAAGGAUGUUGAUUUAGAACUUAUUAAUGUCCGAACUAAAAUCGUUGAUGAAUAUAAGAAAUUAGAAGACUAUGAGAAAGAAAAGUUCUUGGAAAUGAUUAAAUUUAUUAAGGCAGCCGAGGCAGACAUGGUUAUGUGUCAAUGGGGUUUUGAUGAUGAGGCAAAUAGCCUGCUUUUGGAGUAUGAUCUACCAGCUAUUAGAUGGGUUGGAGGCUAUGAGCUUGGCCAUAUUGCAACACAUAUAAAUGGAGCAAUUAUUUCCAGAUUUGAAGAUUUAAGAAAUUGUGAUUUGGGGAUUGCAAAUGUCAAGCAGACACAGAUACUAAUGAAACAUCAAAAGAGAAGUGUUACAAUAUUGAUUCGAGGUUCUACGGAAUACGUGAUGAGUGAGGCGGAAAGAUCAGUCAGAGACGCAUUAAUAGUUUAUGGGGGAGGAAGUAUAGAGUUGCAUCUAUCAGUUUUUCUAGACAAGCUUGUGAAUAGUGACUACUUGGCGGAUAGUCCUGAACGUAUUACCAAUGGAUAUUCUCCAGAGAUUAUGGAUUGUAUUAAGGCAUUUUCGGGAGCACUUUUAGAAAUUCCACUUUCGCUUGCAAAAAAUAGUGGGUUUGAACCGUUAAGUUAUGUUGAACAGCUGAGAAAAUUGCACGUUUCUAGCAUUGGAAACUUCAGAGUUGGGGUGGAUUGCUUUGAUAUUGGAGAGAAAGAUAUGAAGAAGAAGGGAGUGUUUGAAUCACUGGUUAGUAAAACCAGUCAAUUUCAGAUGGCCACCGAUUUGAGGAAACUGCCCAAUGGCCAGAUGAUUAUGAAGCAAGAAACUAUGCAAAAGUAG